AUGUAUGACGUUACUGCCGGUUUGUCCGGACAAACAGCGAUCCGGCCCCGAACAUCGGCAGAUCUUCAGAUCUCGGUCCCUCUUCAGCUUCACAACAUUGUUAAAAUGGCUGAUUCACUAAACCCCCCACUGUCCUACGAGGCAUCUGCAACAACCACUCACCCGCAUGUUGCAACCUCGCUGCCGUCCGAGGUCAUCCAAUGUCUCAAGAACUCCCGCUUCCUGCAUCUGGCAACAUGCGAUGACAAAACACCCCAUAUCUCCCUGAUGUCGUACACCUAUCUUCCCUCGACCCCGUUCGACCCCAACCCCACUAUCAUCAUGACCACAAACCCCGCAUCGCGGAAAACAAACCACCUCUUGUCCAACCCGCGGGUCUCUCUGCUGGUUCACGACUGGGUCUCACAUCGCCCGCCUACCCGGGCGACCCACGGCGAACGCGAUGGCUCUCCGCCGCCUGCGGCUACCCGCUCUUCGCUUGCUAGUCUGCUGCUCAACUUGAACACCAGUGCGCUGUCUAGCAUUUCUACCACGAUUUGCGGAGAAGCGCAAUUCCUCGAGUCGGGCUCGGAGGAGGAGGCGUGGUGCAAGGCUCGCCAUUUGGAGAACAACACUUUCGAGGAGGAGGAGAUCAGUGCUUUUGGUCAGCAGCAGGAUCCCAGUCAACGACGACCCAGUGUCUCGUUGGACACCGAUGUGCGUGUCGUUACUGUGAGGGUUGCUGAGGGCCGUAUCGCUGAUUGGAAGGGUGGUGUUCGUGACUGGACUCUGCUCCCUGCUGAACAGGAUGCUGGACUGGUCAAUGGUGUGGCGUCUUCAUAG